UCAUUGUGAGCCUAGGAGGAGUUGCGGCAAGGUCGGCUGUCAGCAUCACUCGGACAAGAAAAGCGCUGGAAAAAAAAGGCGAGACUGCGGACGCUGUGUGCAUCGGGUAGCGGUGGACUAAGAGGCCAGCACAUCGCGUGUCGUCUCGCGCCUUUUAUCUCUGCUGAUGAAAUUUAGAGGGGAAAGUUAACGCUUUUUUCUUCCCCUCAAAAAAUCAGCCAGCCAUCCAACCAACCAGCUAGCUUCCUAGCUAGCUACCAUUCUCCAUUUCUGUCCGCAUGUCUGAGGUUGUGCUACCACUGGUAGUUUGAAGGGAGGCUGUGUUGCACCAGCAUCCAGACGCUCUGCCGGCGAAGUGAAGAGUGCGAGCUACCGAUACUUUUAUGUUGGACCGCUUUGAUACCGGCUUUGGAAUCGCUAUACAGAUCUGGUUACACGCCAGCGGUGACAGACAAGUGGGUUUCUAGCUAGCUAGUUAUUCUUUUUAAAAAACCUGUUCUUAAUUAUUCAUUUGUUAUCGCUGCUUGCUUGCUUGCUUGUUAGCUAGCUAGCCAUGUCGGUACCGUCGUCGUCCAGUUCUCCCGCCCCGGGAGAGAACCCCCCGUCAGAACAGGAAGGACUGUUGGAUGCCGGUUUGAAACCCUUGGGUCCAACACCCAGCCAGAGUAGAUUUCAAGUCGAUUUGGUGGCCGAGGCAGCUGGCGCAUCCGCCGGUGAAGCCAAACCGGCCGACACAGAUGCUUCCCCACAUGCGGCAGACGAAAAGGCUACUCCCGACCCGGGCAAGGCACCCGAGGGACCGGAGCCGCCGGCAGCUGGUGAGGAAGCGAAAGGAAGAUUUCGCGUGGUGAACUUUGUGGACCCCAGCGUGGCCGGGAGUCCCCCGGAUGCCGUGCCCGCAGAGGGUUUCCAGAACGGGGACACCGUGAUGAGCGAGGGCAGCCUUCAUUCUUCGACCGGAGGCCAGCAUCACUACCACUACGACACCCACACGAACACCUAUUACCUGAGGACGUUUGGCCACAACACCAUCGACGCGGUCCCGAACAUCGACUUCUAUCGGCAGACUGCGGCGCCGCUCGGGGAGAAGCUGAUCAGACCCACCCUGUCGGAGCUGCACGACGAGCUGGAUAAGGCUAAUAAUAAGCGACUCCGUCUGCCCUGGAAUGCACAUGAUCUGGCGAUCUUCCCAACCGUUAAACUGACAAUGCAGAAGAUAAUCAAAGAUAAUUAAAGCCUACUUAGAGGCCCUCAAAGGGC